AUGAGUGACAGUUCCACACGAAAAGAAGCUCUGGAGCUUUAUAGGAGUGAAGAGCUACCGAGCAUUUACAACAGCUACAACACAAGUCCGGGCUCCAACAUGCUAAAUACACCCAGCACCCUCAGACGUAGCAAGGAAAGACAGUUGAGUGUCGUCGACUGGCACGGCAACGACGAUGCGGCAAACCCCAGAAAUUUCCUCUCGUGGAAGAAGGACAUCAAUAUCGACAUCAUAAGAGACUUCGCAUCAACCGAUGCCUACCUCUCUGCCUUCGUCCUGAGUAUCUAUGUCCUAGGCUACGCGUUCGGUCCCCUUCUCAUAAGUCCCCUUUCGGAGCAAUACGGCCGACUGCCUUUGUACCACGGAUGUAACGUGCUCUUCACGGUAAGCACCUUCGCAUGCGGACGAUCCAACUCUCUCGGCACCUUGGCUGUCUUCCGCUUCCUCGCCGGCGUGGGCGGUAGUAGCGUAUUCGCCCUCGCGCCAUCCAGCAUUGGUGAUCUCUAG